GGGAGAGCAAGGGGCAGGGAGGAGGAAGCUGUAUUGAUGGAUCUGGGGCUUGAGACCUGCUUCAGUGUGGUGCUCAGAAACCAGCACAAGGCAGACCUGUAGGCUGAGGCGGCGCGGUAAACUUGACAUUUGAAUGCAUCUUCCCACUGGCAAAAGACAAAUCUAAUAACUCGUUGUCAAAGCCGAGAUACACGCUCAACUCAGCCUCUUCGCUUCCCAAAGCUUCUCGUCAAGACAUGGAAGCCACUGCCAAGUUUGAUUUCAUGGCCUCGGGUGAGGAUGAACUGAGCUUUCGCACUGGAGACAUUCUGAAGAUACUAAGCAACCAGGAGGAGUGGCUCAAGGCGGAGCUCGGAAGCCAAGAAGGAUAUGUGCCUAAGAAUUUUAUAGAUAUCGAGUUUCCUGAGUGGUUUCAUGAAGGCCUCUCUCGACAUCAAGCAGAAAACUUACUCAUGGGCAAGGACAUUGGAUUCUUCAUCAUCAGGGCUAGCCAGAGUUCCCCGGGAGACUUCUCCAUCUCUGUCAGGCACGAGGACGACGUUCAGCACUUCAAAGUCAUGCGGGACACCAAGGGCAAUUACUUCCUGUGGACUGAGAAGUUCCCAUCUUUAAAUAAGCUGGUGGACUACUACCGGACAACGUCCAUCUCCAAACAGAAGCAGGUCUUCCUUCGGGAUGGAACCCAAGAUCAGGGUCACCGGGGCAACAGCCUGGACAGGAGGUCCCAGGGCGGCCCUCACCCGAGUGGAACCGUAGGAGAAGAAAUCCGACCUUCAGUGAACCGGAAGCUGUCAGACCACCUUCCUCUGGGUCCCCAGCAGUUCCACCCGCACCAGCAGCCAUCACCCCAGUUCACACCAGGGCCGCAGCCCCCUCAACAGCAGCGCUAUCUGCCGCAUUUCCACCAGGACCGCCGUGGGGGCAGCCUGGACAUAAAUGAUGGACACUGCGGCCUUGGCAGUGAGGUGAACGCCACGCUGAUGCACCGGAGACACACCGACCCCGUACAACUCCAGGCAGCAGGGCGGGUGCGUUGGGCCAGGGCACUGUAUGACUUUGAGGCUCUGGAAGAGGACGAGCUGGGAUUCCGAAGCGGAGAAGUGGUUGAAGUCCUGGACAGCUCCAACCCAUCUUGGUGGACCGGCCGUCUGCACAACAAACUGGGUCUCUUCCCUGCCAACUAUGUGGCCCCCAUGAUGCGAUGAGUCGUACUGCAAGGCUUAGGGGCUUUUCGUCCAAAGCCGCCUGCAAGACAGGGAGGGGCAAGGGGGGAAAGCUGAACUUUAUAACGACACAUACAUGCAUACAUGUGCAUGUGUGCCCCUGUGUACACAAAACAUGUAUAUGUAUGCCAAUGGCUACACACGACA